UAGUACGAUAACCACAUGUAUUCUAUGUACUUUGACCACAACCUGUGGUAGUUAUUAAUACUUGGUAAGAGCACAACUCUACCAUGGAGGUGGUCUAUUUUAAUAAGCUCAUGCCUUGUGUGACAGACCACACACCAAGACAACAGAAUCUGAGUUGGAGGAGAGAGCGGGGGUUUCUAUAUAUAUAUUAUGGAAAAAAGUGAACUAGCUAGUGAACAAACCAGCUGUAGUUCUCUUCUUUUGAAUCGUGGUGAUUCUGUUUUGUAUGGACAUGAAGUUAGAUUCAUAUCCAUGGACAAAACUUCAGAAUUGUGAACCAUUCUGUAUUCUUCACACAACAAGACAACACCAAUGUAAACAAACACAAGUUGUUUCUGCAAUAAAAACAACAACACCAACACCAACACCAACACAUACAUUCCUAAAAAAUGGCUGCUUCUACUUCUGUUGACACUCACUCGAUGAUACCUAUUUUUGUUGCUUUCCUUCUUGUUUUUGCUUCUUCUAUUUAUCCUGUCUUGUCUGUACCAGCUGCUGAGUCAGAUUCCGGUAACCGGCUAUUAGCCAACCAAACUUUCAGGCCGGGUAAAGAAAUAUUGAGACUAAAGAGAGUCAAUGCUUUUCUCAACAAGAUCAACAAGUCUGCAGUCAAGACAAUUCAGAGCCCUGAUGGUGAUGUAAUAGACUGUGUUCUAUCUCAUCUUCAACCAGCAUUUGACCAUCCAGAGCUUAGAGGAAAGAAACCCCUGGAUCCACCAGAGAGGCCGAAAGGCAAUGAAACAAGAGAGACAGAGACAGUGGCUGAGAGCUAUCAGCUCUGGACAGAUUCGGGUGAAUCAUGCCCAGAAGGAACUGUUCCAAUAAGAAGAACCACAGUAAAAGAUGUUUUAAGAGUAGGUUCUGUUAAAAGAUUUGUCAGAAAAUUAAGACGACAUGUAAGAAGAGACUCAGAAGGCAGUGGUCAUGAGCAUGCAGUUGUUUUUGCUAACGGAGACCAGUAUUUUGGAGCGAAGGCAAGCAUAAAUGUCUGGUCACCUCGUGUAACCAGUGAAUAUGAAUUCAGCUUAUCACAAAUCUGGGUCAUCUCUGGCUCUUUCGGCAAUGAUCUUAAUACCAUAGAAGCCGGUUGGCAGGUUAGUCCAGAUUUAUAUGGAGAUAAUUACCCUAGAUUCUUCACUUAUUGGACAACCGAUGCAUACCAAGCUACUGGAUGCUAUAACUUGCUAUGUUCUGGAUUUGUCCAAACAAACAACAAGAUUGCCAUUGGAGCUGCGAUAUCUCCAAGAUCAUCUUACAAUGGCAGACAAUUUGAUAUUGGCUUGAUGAUUUGGAAGGACCCAAAGCAUGGAAAUUGGUGGCUGGAAUUUGGAUCAGGACUCCUGGUAGGAUAUUGGCCAGCGUUUUUGUUCAGCCACUUGAGAAGUCAUGCAAGCAUGGUACAAUUUGGAGGGGAAAUUGUGAACUUCAGAUCAGCAGGGUUCCAUACAUCAACACAGAUGGGCAGUGGUCAUUUUGCAGAAGAGGGAUUUGGAAAAGCAUCCUAUUUUAGGAAUUUGCAGGUGGUGGAUUGGGAUAACAAUUUGCUCCCUCUAGCAAAUCUACAUCUCUUGGCUGAUCAUUCAAAUUGUUAUAAUAUAAAGCAAGGGAGAAACAGUGUUUGGGGGACUUACUUUUACUAUGGAGGUCCUGGAAGGAAUGUAAGGUGUCCAUGAAGAAAAUGACAUAGAAUAGAGACUAGAAGCUGUUAAUUUGAGUAAUUAGUUUUCAUUUCAGGCCUGAGAAAGGUUUGGGAUAGUUUUUUGGGUCUUUUUUCUUUCCUAACAGGCGAAUCCCACUUAAGGGAAUUGUGUAUAUUUGGGGGAAAUACAAGCUUUCAAUGACAGUAGGGACUGUGUGUUAUCUGA